UGGUUUUGCAACGGCCUAAAAAAGAUUGGCUAACCGAUGUAGGAGAGCUUGGAAGCUCGCUCCGAUAUGAGCCAAAAUAAAAAACACAAAUCUGAGUACGUAUCCGAAGCUGUAUCCAAUUCCGCUGACAGUUGAGAGAGACUGGAACUUGAAUCUCUUACUCAUUGCGAUCCGAAACCUGAACUUCGUACCUGACGGAUUUUUUUUGUAAGAAUGGAUCAGAAGAGGGCCAUGCUGUAUCCGCAGGUGGAUUUCGAUUCACCGAGUGCUCCUUCUCCGACGCCCACAAGAGACUUGGCCAAUCCGAUGGGCCAUCCCGUAGAGGCUCCUCCAUCGUACGAUGCAGCAAUUGCAAUUCCUCCAGUGAUUGCCACACCAGCGAUUGCCCCAACACCGCCCCAGCCAGUAAUUGUUGUAACCGAACAGCCACAGCCACAACCACCUACAGUGGUGCAGAUCGAUGCUUUGAAUUUGGGCCCAAACCCAUGCCGCGUUACUUGUCCAGCGUGUGGUGUUCAGAAAACUACUAGGAUGACCCACACAGCCAACUCAAGGACACACAUGGGAGCUGGCUUGCUCUGCUUGGUGGGAUGGUGCUGCUGUGCCUGCAUAGUUCCUUAUUGCAUGAGAAGUUGCCGCACCGGAAACCACUACUGCCGUAAAUGCAACACAUUCUUGGGAUCAUAUGAUCCCAAAGGAACGAAGUGAUUAUAAGACUGUGAUAAGAUGUGAUCUGUGGUCUAUAAACAAGAGAAUAUAUUAGUGAGAGGAAAUGCAUAUAUUAACCAUUACGUAAAACUGUUUUGUUUAUAUAUACAUACAUAUAUUUAUCUCACUACAAACCAGCUGAUUUAUUUGCAAAUAAUUAAUAUACUUCAGUGACUAUUUACCUAAAAAAUAAAAACGAGCAAGAAAAACUAAUAACGAGAUAAUAUUAUUGAUGACUAGAAAAAAAUUGAAACUGCUUAGUAGUUUCUACUAAGCAAAACGAAUAAAAGCUGCAGAUUACCUUAUGCUUUAAUAUACCUGAAGAUGCCGACCUUAAGUUGGCCUAAAACGAAGUGCGUGGGUGUUGGUUUUGCUCAUAACAACAAUAAAAAGUAAACAAAAGACUUGGUAA